GGUUCUUCGAGAUGAAGAUGAAGUAUGACGAAAGUGACAACGCUUUCAUCCGGGCGUCCCGCGUGCUGACGGACAAGGUCACAGACUUGCUGGGGGGCCUGUUCUCGAAGACGGAGAUGUCGGAGGUGCUCACGGAGAUCCUGCGGGUAGACCCCGCCUUUGACAAGGAGCGCUUCCUGCAGCAGUGUGAGAAUGACAUCAUCCCAAACGUCCUGGAGGCCAUGAUUUCUGGAGAGCUUGACAUUCUCAAAGACUGGUGUUAUGAAGCAACCUACAGCCAGCUGGCCCACCCGAUCCAGCAGGCCAAGGCGCUGGGCCUCCAGUUCCACUCCCGCAUCCUGGACAUUGACAACAUCGACCUGGCCAUGGGCAAGAUGAUGGAGCAGGGGCCCGUGCUGAUCAUCACCUUCCAGGCCCAGUUGGUGAUGGUGAUAAAGAACCCCAAGGGCGAGGUGGUUGAGGGCGACCCGGACAAGGUCCUGCGGAUGUUGUACGUGUGGGCACUCUGCCGAGACCAGGACGAGCUCAACCCCUACGCAGCCUGGCGGCUCUUGGACAUCUCUGCCUCCAGCACAGAGCAGGUCCUCUGAGCACGGUGGCCAUGACCAGGGGCUCUGGGGCAGGAUCGUCACUGCAGACACGCAACAGACUGGUGUCCACCUGCAGCAGCUAGACCACUAGGCCCAGGACUGUCGGCUCUGCCCCCACUCUGCCAGGGUGGCUGCAAAGCUAGCUGGAUGGAGCAGGGCGGGGAGGGGGCUACAGCACCAGCCCCUGCACCGCCCUCUGCCCCAUGGGGGCUGCUGACCGGUGGGCCACAGAGCCACACAAACCAGACAGUGCCAAGGGGUCCCUAGCCCAGGGACUGCCUCCCAGGACAGAGUGGUGGGGCCUGGGCCCACUGGCCACAGCAGCCAGGCUGUUUUAGCUCCUUUUUUUUUUUUUUUUAAAGAGUGCCCUUAUUAUUAUCCUGUACAUACGCUGGAGACUUGGAAAUAAUAAAACACCAGAGUGCAGGAGAGCA